UGACGGUGGUGAAGGGCGUACAUAGAAAUUAUGAAUAGAUUUUGCUCUACAAACGCUAACGUUUAUUAGGUCAUAGUAACAGAAAGUGUCACGGUGAGGAAAGCAACACUAACGAAACUUGUUUAGUGAUAUAGAAUGUUGAACUCGCAGGUUGUUAAUCUGACAUGGUCACUUCAAAAGAAAAAUGGUAAUUUGAACGACCUCUGGCCAGAACUGUGUCAGACAAAUCAGGUCAAACACUCUGCUCAUAGAAAAGAAUUGACAAACACAGAAGAAAAUAACAGAACCAUUAGUUUGGACAAUGUGGAGUAUCCUGAACUUGGGAGUGCGAUUGUUAAGAAUAAAAAUUCUGUAGCCAUGAACAGAUAUAUCUCGCCAAACCCUACCAUAACAGUUUUAGUACCCGAAUUGAAUUUAGCACCAAAGAAGCUAAAAAAUAUGAGAAGAUUUAAGAGAGCGGAAAAAAUUUAUAUUAAUCUUGAGGAAGAGAGCACCAAAUUUGCAUAUAAAAUAAAUAACAAAGAGCUACCAAAAUUCAGGAUUAAUAUUUCCAAGGGGAAUACUGAUAUAACAAAUGCAAUAGACAGAAACUCAAGUUCCAACUUGAGGAAAAUUAAGGUACCAAUUUCCAAAGAUACAAAGCCCUCAUCAAAAUUGAAAAGAGCAAUUCUCUUCAGCCGUGACAUGAAAGUACAAAUCAAUGUGCAGAAGAGGGAAGCCUUUGAACAAGCAAAGAUGCAGGCUAUUUGCAAAGAUGUUGAUGCUAUUAAUUUCAAUGCUUUAAAGAUUACAUCUGAUCCAGAAAUGGACUAUGUUAAGCGUAUGUGCACAAUGACACUAUACAGUAAAGACUAUAGGCAGAGAAAUGCACAAAACAUUUCUGAUAAUUCUGUGUGCUAUAGGCCAGAUAUAAUUGAUAAAAUAAAUACUCUCCACAUCCAAAGAAAAUCUAUAUUAAAUACAUUAACUGGAAAUAGUAGUAGUUACAAUCCUUUUCAAUUUAAUAACAGUACAGUUGAAAAUGAUAUUGCCCAGAAGACACGCUCCCUUCAAAUAAAAGAUGAUAUUAAAGAAGAGAUUAAGCAAGAAAUUAAAGAAGAGCCUGAAGAUAUUAUUGAAUUAGAUGUUAGCAACUCUUUAAUCUAUUCGCGUAAUUUUAGAGAAUAUUGUACGAACAUGUUGACACCCGGUUUAAGGGACUCUCUCGAGACAUUUAUGCGUGAAAUAACAAGGCUGCAGAGACGAUUUUACGAAAAGAAUCCAAACAAAUCUAAGUAUAAGCGUCGUUACUAUUCCGGUUUAAAGGAAGUUUGUAAGCACGGUGAAUACAAGAAACUUGUGUUUGUGAUUAUUGCGCCCGACCUUGAGAAGGUUGAACUCGAAGGUGGACUGGACGACCAAGUGAGUAAGUUGCUCGAUAUGUGCAGGAGACAAAACGUAGUUUCCUGCUUUGGUUUAAGUAGACGAAAGUUAGGGUACUAUACUCACGGCACAGGAUUUGUAGGAUGCGUUGGUAUUACAAACUAUAGUGGCACCGAAGAACUUUUUAAGAACGUUUUAAUAGAAUUAACGGACGCUCGAAAUACGUUCAAAAAGUUGAGUGGCGUAACGGACGCGUUCAUCGAUAUAUCGAAAUCGAUCUCGGAGGACCACUUGCUCUCGGAGAAUAUUGGCGCGCUUUUGAAAAUUUUAUCUCCUAUUAGUAUACACUGCUAA